UCAAAACUCUUCCGUUUAGCUACACUGAACAGAUAACAGCCAGUUUCUCUCUGAAUUCAAACAGUUUGAUCGCUUAAAUGCGGGAAUUUAAUCGCUAUGCGUGAUACACACCCGCACGACAGCUAGUUUUGGGACUGAAUUCACUUGACGUCGGUGUUUUUUUUGUUUUGUUUUUGUUUCCUCGUCAAACAUGGAGAAAUUUGAAGGCUACAUCUUCACUGCUCUCUGCAGCACCAACUUCUUGGUAUCCUGCCUGCUGUUCUCCAAAGUUACCCGGGAGCAGAGGGAACCGUACAUGGACGAGAUUUUUCACGUCCCCCAGGCUCAGAAGUACUGCCACGGGAAGUUCAACGAGUGGGACCCGAUGAUCACCACGCUGCCAGGCCUUUACCUCGCCUCCGUGGGAGUCAUCAAGCCUGUGGUGUGGCUCGCUGACCUGACCGGCGAGGUGGUGUGUUCCACGGCCAUGCUGCGCUUCAUCAACCUGCUGUUCAACUGCGGCAACCUUUACCUGAUCUACCUGCUCAUCUGCAAGCUGCACCUCAGGGAGAAGAAUCGAACAACGUCACGUCGAGUCCUCUCAGCGUUGUCUCUCUCCACCUUCCCUGUGCUCUACUUCUUCAACUUCCUCUACUACACCGACGCCGGAUCUACUUUCUUCAUCCUCUUCACCUACCUCAUGACGCUCUACGGCUGCCACAAGGCCGCUGCGCUCCUCGGCGUCUGCUCCGUGCUCUUCCGCCAGACCAACAUCAUCUGGGUGGCGUUCUGCGCCGGCACCCUGGUGGCCGCCAAGAUGGACGAGGCCUGGAGGGUGGAGCACUCGAAAAAGAGGGAUGAGAAGUCUCCGCCGUCGCAGGUUCCUCUGUCGCUUAGUGGAGCCAAGAAGAUCAUCCUUUUCACCCUGGAGUUCCUCACCUCUCCAAAUCACGUGAAGGCCGUGCUGCUGGUGGCGUGGCCUUACGCAGCGGUGGGCGUUGGUUUCCUGGCGUUCGUGUUGCUGAAUGAUGGGAUCGUGGUCGGCGACAGGACGAGCCACGAGGCCUGCCUGAACUUCCCACAGCUCUUUUAUUUCUUCUGCUUCUCCCUGUUCUUCUCCCUCCCCGUCUCGCUGUGUUACCACCGCGUCCUCCGCUUCCUGCAGGCUAUGAAGAAGCAACCUGUCUUCUUCCUCUUCGUCACCGGCGUCUCUUUGCUCCUGAUUUGGAAGUUCACCUUCGUGCACAAGUACCUGCUGGCAGACAACCGCCACUUCCCCUUCUACGUGUGGAAAAAACUCUUCCAGAGGCACGAGCUGGUGCGCUUCCUCCUCGUCCCGGCGUACGUCUUCGCCGGGUGGAACUUCCUGGACUCCUUCAAGUCGCGCUCGCUCUUCUGGAGCUUGGCCUUCCUGGCGUGCCUCCUGGCCGCCACGGUCCCCCAGAAGCUCCUGGAGUUCAGGUACUUCAUCGUUCCGUACCUGAUGUACCGCCUCCACAUGCCUCUGCCCUCGCUUCCCAGACUCGUUGUGGAGUUCCUGCUGUACACGGCCGUGAACGCUGCCACUAUUUACAUCUUCAUCACCAAGACCUUCCGCUGGCCGGACAGCACAGCUACGCAAAGGUUCAUGUGGUGAAGAAGAGAGGAUUGUGUUUUUUUGAUAAGGAUUUUCUCUUUACUCCGACAACAAAGCAAAGCCUGUGUUACAUCAAACAAAAAUGGCACUUCGGAGUAUUUUCAUUGUUUGGUUUGGUGUAUUAUAGAGGAAUUAGGGGUCGACCAAUCGUCUGAUCCGAUAUUAUCCCCAAUACUUGCCAAUUUAUUCGAGCCAGAAACUGUAAAAACAAAGAGAAUCAUUAGAUUUUGAACUUUCCAAUUGACCUUGAUUGUCGUAUCUGUGAAGCACCAUUCCAUUGUAAAAAUAACCAAAAAAGAAAAAUAAAUCUGUGUUCCUCAGUGCAACCAUGAAGCCAUCAGUGACUCAGUUGUGACCAACAGUCAUGAGACUAAAAGAAAUCAGGGACUUUAAGCUGAAAAGGGUUGAACUGCAGGCAGUGUUUACACAGAGCAGAUAGAAAACAAGAGUGGAAACAAAUACAAAUGUAGAAAUUGAAACAUCUAAAGUAUGUGGCGUGUCCAUUUUUUCCUGUAAUGGUACCACCUGUGGGCACUUGGGCGGUGUUGUUAAUGCAGUUUUUUUUUUUUUGCACAAUAACUAAUCAAAGAUAUUCGACUUCAAUUUUCUAUUUUUUCAAGAUUUAUAGCAUUAUACACAGAAUAAGACUUCUGUUUCUGAGUUCUCUCCACUUCUAGCCAUGCCUGUGCUGUUUCAGUAGAGGUGCAGGACUUUAUAUUGCAGCGAAAAAUGAGCCCACAGUGAGUAAAAACUGUCGGAUUGGUUAAACACCACGAUAGGAUACCAACACUGAACGAUAAUAGAAGAGGAAGAAGAAGAAAUAGAUGCUGGUGCAAGUUUGUGUUGAAUUAAAAAUACGUACAACAUAUAAACAAUGGUAUUUAAACUAAGUUUGUGUUAUUCGAAGGUUUCAUUCUAACCACAGAUGUACAUCAGCUGCUCAAAUUAUUAGUCGCUCUCCUUGAGUACUCAUAAUCGGUAUCAGCGACAAAACACCACAUUGGUCGACCCCGAAUAGAGAUGAAGGUAAUUUCUACUGGGGGUCAGUUCAUGUUUCAAAUACAGAAAUGAAAAACUUGAGAUGCUAAUGUUUUUUUUUAGGGUUGAAUUCAGUUUUUCACUGACAAACUCUAUGAACCCUGAACAAGUCCUGCCUGUUACCGUGAAUCAGUUUAGAACUACAAGAAAACGACGAGAAUAGUAAUUUAAACGCCCUAAAAACUCAUGUCUGUGUGUUAUAGUCGCAUAUUUAGAUUGUUUUUUUCCCGUUAAAAUAAGAACCUUCCUGCCUUAAACUGGCUUAAAUGGACAUUUUUUAACACCGUUGCUUCCUUUUGUAUGAUUUCCGAAGUCCCCGCCUCUUUGUACAAUCGCCCCGCCUCGCUAACUGCAGCUCAGCACACCAGCUCACCUUCGAUUCUGCUCUGUAAAACUAGUCUGUGCUACACAAUGGAAAGUUGAAUUAUUGGAAGAAUUGAGGGGAACUUGUUCGAACAGGAGACCAAUUCUGCAGAAGGGUUUGUUUUUUUUAGCUUCUAUAAAAUACUGUAUGUAUAUAAAAAUAUACAUGUGUACUACAUUUUCACUGGAGGGGGGUCUUAAGUAGAAAGUCUUGUAAAAUCAUUGGUCUCAAUCAUUUGUUUCAAAGAGAAUUUACUGUAUAUAAAAGUUGUUUCUACCUAAACUGUGUAAUUUUGACAUUUUCUGUGAAUCGAGAAAAUCGUGUUUGAGUUUUCUUAUGGAUUCUUUUUUUCUUACUAUAAAAGUACAAAGUCCUGCGGAUCACAUUGUGGAGAUACAACUGCUCACACAAGCUGUAAAUAUGAUGACAGAGACCAAACUAGCCAUAUCGCUCAGAGUUCUACUGUAUGAUGAAGCUGAGGGACGACUCAAGUUUUGGAUUUUUUUUUUUUGCCAGUGAAGAACACUGAUGGACACAUUUAACUCUGACGGGACCAUUUAAAGAUCUGUUUCGCGUUUCUACCUUGAUUUGUACUUUGACGAAGCCAUACGGAUCCACUGGAGGAGAUUUGUCUUGUGAAGUUUAUUUUUUGUACUUUGUGAUGCCUUCUGUAUUUCCCCUUAUCUGUAUGCUUGUAUUUUUUGGUUGUUUUUUUCCUGCGCAGAUGCUUAAGAUUUAAUUAUGCAGCAGAUCUGAACCCAGACAAAACCUGGUUGCAUUGGUUUGUGAGUUUAAGUGAUGAAAUUGAGCAAACUUUUUUUGGGAGUUUAUAAUUUCAGACUUCCUGUUUUCACAUCAAAUACGUCUGAAUUCUGUCCAGUUCUGUUGCUGUGUUUACCUCUGUGGUCUUGUGUUCCACCCAGCUGUAUGUUUACUGCUUCCAUGUUGACACAACCUUGGAAUAAAAUGUCUUCAAUUGA